AUGACAGCCCUGACGUUCGACAACAUACCUUGGCCAAGCCUUCGUGCUGUGGUAUGCAGUCCAUAUUCGACCUUGUUUGCUUUCAUCUUCCCAAUCAUAUGGAUUCUCACCCAUGAUUUCAUUCUUUGGCUUCGUCUCCCACCAGGGCCAACGCCUAUUCCACUCCUCGGAAACAAAUUUAUUAUUCCAAGCUCCUCACCAUGGAUUCAAUUUGAAAAGUGGUCUCGCACCUACGGCCCUAUUUUCACUCUCUGGAUUGGCCGACGGCCUACAAUUAUUAUAUCGGAUCCCAACAUCGCCGUCGACCUACUUGAGAAGCGCAGCACAAAGUUCAGCUCUCGCCCUCGCUUUGUAGUUAUGGGUGAACUGUACUGGGAUAACGCUGGGAUCUUAGUCCAACCCUACGGAAAAGAAUGGCAGAUACGACGAAGAAUGCUUCAUCAAGCACUGAAUCCAUCUGCACUCAAAUUAUACAAGCCAGUGCAGGAGGCGGAAGCUACAAGAUUAUGCGGCUCUCUCCUCCACAAACCACGAGACUACGAAGGUCUCAUCGAUCGAUUCACGGCAAGCGUGGUAUUCAGUAUUGCAUACGGCCACAGGAUCGAUUCCAUGAGCUCGAAAAUAAUUCGCCAAAGACUGAACUUCAUGCAGUACUCGGCAUCUCUGAAUGUUCCCGGACGCUAUAUUGCCGAAAGUAUUCCCUUGCUGAAACAUAUUCCCAACUUCUUCGCACCCUGGAAAGCUGAAAUUCAGCGCCGAGGGUGCGAAGAGGCAACCGUUAACAUCGAUCUAAUCAACCGAGUCAAAACCGAUCUUAACACCGCGAAAACAUCCUCCGAUGUGCCAGACUCACUAACAAAAUUGCUCCUCCAAGCAAGAAGCUCGGAUCCCGCCCAUGCCAGCCUCAGUGAACGAGAUUUUUCCUUCGUUCCUGCAUCCCUUUUCGGUGCAGGAAGUGAUACGACAGCAAGCACACUAUGCACUGCAGUCCUAAUGCUCGUAAUGAACCCAAAAGCCCAAGCAAUAGCCCACACAGAAAUAGACUACGUCAUCGGCUCAAAACGUCUCCCAACAUUUGCCGAUGAAGAAAACCUACCCUACAUCAAAGCCCUCUGUCAGGAAACACUACGUAUCCGCCCCGUCGCCGUGCUGGGUGGUACACCACAUGCGAAUUCCAUGGCGGAUACAUACAAGGGCUAUUUUAUUCCCCAAGGUACUACUGUCCUAUGCAACAGUUGGGCGAUAAAUCUGAACCCGGAAUACUAUCCAAAUCCGCACCAUUUCAAUCCACGGCGCUUUUUAAUUGGCGAUCCAAGCUAUCUCCCGUAUCUCCCGCCGCUUACGGAUGAUGAUUUCACUGAGUUAUCACCGGCGAAAAUCCAUCCUGCCAAAGAGGGCCAUAGUUCUUUUGGGUGGGGAAGACGUAUAUGUCCUGGGGCGGGAUUGGCGCACAACUCGCUGUUUAUUGCCCUGGUGCGGCUAUUGUGGGCCUUUCGGUUUGAGCCAGCCCGGGAGAGUGAUGGAUCUGAGAGGCUUUAUGAUUCUUUCGCAUACACACAGGGGUUUAAUAUUCGGCCUGAGGCCUUCGACUGUGGGAUUUUCGUACGCGAUGAAAGCAGGAUAGAAGUUUUGGAGGCCGAGUUAGAGCAGGCUGAGGUGGUUAUGAACAUGUUCCCACCAUUUGAGGAGUAG